AUGGCCACGAUGCAGUUGCGGAGGACAACUUCCAUGAGUGCAUUGGUAUUUCCUAGUAAGAUAGCAACUGAGCAUCAGUCUUUGAUGUUUGUGAAGAGGCUCCUAGCCGUUUCCGUAUCCUGCAUCACCUAUUUGAGAGGGAUAUUUCCAGAACGUGCUUAUGGGACAAGAUACCUGGAUGAUCUUUGUGUCAAAAUUCUAAAAGAAGAUAAAAAUUGUCCAGGUUCUUCACAGUUAGUGAAGUGGAUGCUAGGAUCCUAUGACGCUUUACAGAAGAAAUACCUACGGAUGAUCAUUCUAGCUGUAUACACCAAUCCAGAAAAUCCUCAGACAAUUUCAGAAUGUUACCAGUUUAAGUUCAAAUACACCAAAAAUGGACCAAUCAUGGACUUUAUAAGCAAAAAUCAAAACAAUAAAUCUAGUACAACAUCUGCUGAAACCAAGAAAGCAAGUAUUCUCCUAAUUCGGAAGAUUUAUGUCCUAAUGCAAAAUCUAGAACCUUUACCUAAUGAUGUUUGUUUGACCAUGAAACUUUUUUACUAUGAUGAAGUUACUCCCCCAGAUUACCAACCUCCAGGUUUUAAGGAUGGUGAUAGUGAAGGAAUAAUAUUUGGUGGGAACCCUACAUACUUAAAUGUGGGAGAAGUCCCAACACCUUUUCACACCUUCAGAUUAAAAGUGACCACUGAGAAAGAACGAAUGGAAAAUAUUGAUUCGACCAUAUUAACACCAAAACAGUCAAAAAUACCAUUUCGAAAAAUUGUAAUGGACAAAGAUGAUGCAGAAGAUGACAAUCAGGUGAGCAAUAAUUUUGACAUUAAAAAUAAAAUGGAUGAACAGCAAGAAAACCUGGGAGCUUCUGAAAUUAAAGCACCAAAUUUAGAUUGUAUGGAGGAAGAAAUUAUGCAGUUCAAAAAAACUCCAAGUCCUGCAAUUUCUCAUUUUCAGGUUGAACAGUUAGUCAGUAAAACAUCUGAACUUGAAGUGUCUGAAAGCAAAACAAGAAGUGGAAAAGUCUUUCAAAGUAAAAUGGUAAAUGGAAAUCAGCAAGUACAAACUUCUAAAGAAAAUCGAAAGAGAAGUCUUCGUCAACCUGGGAAAACAGUCCUUCAUCUCUUGGAAUCUUCUAGUCAAGAGUCAGUGACAAAAAGAAAGAGAGUUAGUGAACCAAAGGAACACACCUAAAACUUAUUUUUCUUAUGCAGACUUGCAGGCUCAACAUUUAAACAAAACAUGCUGCAUUAUUAUUUGAAGAUGUACUUUCUGUAUCUCUGAAAAUUAUUUUGUGGUUCACACAGUUAUUGCACUAAUUAAAGUUUUAACUACUAUAUCGUGUUUA